ACAACAGUACAAUAAAGAUAUCGACGUAGGCAUUUAUAUUGAAAACAAAUGUUUGUUUACUCGGAAUAUAUAUAUAUAUAUGUAUAUAUAUAUCUACACUUCCAACUUGUUGAUUAAGCCUAAGCAAAUCAAGAUGGAAUUCUUUAUUUUAUAGUGUAUAUUGUUGAAAUACUUAAUUCAAACCUGCUUCAUGUUAGAUUAUAAAGUGCGCAACUACUUUCUAUUGAAUUUAAAUAUUAUUCUAUAAAAUGGAUAAAUUAAAGAGUUUUUUUAAUGGAGAGGAGGAUAACGUUGAAGAACAGAAUGGAAUUAUUACAGAGGUUACAGAUGCGAUGAAGUUAAGUAAAACAACAAGAAUCAAAGGCUUUAUAGUAUGUUUUAUUAUUGGUAUUUUGUUGUCCGUACUGGGUUCGUUUGCUUUAUUUUUACGCGGUGGAUUAACAAUAUACGGCGUUUUUUAUACGCUAGGAAACGUAAUUUCAUUAGCGAGUACUUGCUUCUUAAUGGGUCCUGUAAAUCAGAUGAAAAAAAUGUUUGCACCAACAAGAAUCGUUGCAACUAUAAUGAUUUUUGUCGCCUUUGCAUUGACUCUGUAUGCUGCCUUAGGACUUCACAAUGCCGGACUUGCAUUGCUAUUUAUUAUUAUACAAUCAUUGGCCAUGCUAUGGUACUCGUUAUCAUACAUACCAUAUGCUAGAGAUGCUGUUAAAAAGACAGUUGAAGCAUGUAUUGCUUAAUUAGACAAUUUUCAUAAUUAUUUAUAACAAAAAUGAUUAAUUACGUAAUGUAUAAUUAUAUCGAACUAUUUAAAAGCAAGAUAGGAAGGGGAAAAAAGAUAGUGUUUAUAACUUUUUAAAAGUAAAGUCUACAUCGCAGUUCCAAAAGUG